AUGGUGGCCGAGUACAAUGAUGAAGUCGUGAAACUAUGUAGACAAUUGAUGAAAGUUUUCUCUCUGAACCUUGGAUUAGAAGAGGAUUAUCUUCAAAACGCAUUUGGAGGGGAUGAAAUCUCGGCUUCAUUGAGAGUUAAUUUUUACCCAAAAUGCCCUCAGCCGGAUUUGACUUUAGGAAUCUCACCACAUUCUGAUCCAGGUGCUAUCACCAUUUGCUGCCUGAUGAUCAUGUUUAUGGCCUACAGGCUACAAGUCCGUAAAGAUGAUGCUUGGGUCACAGUUAAGCCAAUCCCCAAUGCUUUCAUUGUAAACCUUGCGGAUCAACUUCAGGUUCUAAGCAAUGCUAAAUACAAGAGUGUAGAGCAUCGUGUGAUUGUUAAUUCAAAUGAAGAGCGAGUUUCAUUAGCCUUCUUCUACAACCCGAGGGGAGAUGUUCCUAUUCAGCCAGCCAAGCAGCUAGCUAGUAACAGGCAAUGA